UAGGCGAAUAGGUUAGUUGUUAAAACGAGAAUCUCUGGUAAACUGCAAUUCAAUUCGCGAUGCCUGGUUACCAAAACAAGUUUGUGGACAAGGUCCGAAAGCGACAUCAAUGCCCGUUAUGCCACUUUCCAAUGAGAGACCCAGUUCAGAUCACCGCAUGCAGACAUAGAUACUGUGAUACAUGUCUUCAGAAAUUCUUAGGAGAGGGUGUCUUCAAUUGUCCAGUGGACCACCUGUCAUUGGAUUACGCCAAGAUCUACCCCGACCCGGAUCUGGAAACAGAAAUAAUGUCGUUGACUACACAUUGCACAAACUACUCGAGUGGUUGCAAAUGGACAGGGAAGCUUCAUAAUUUAAAGGCACAUAUGGACAAGUGCAGCCACAGCGAACGUGAUUGCCCGAACAGAUGCGGCGUUCGUAUAAGGUCUAUGAAAUUGGCCGAUCACCUUGAAUACGAAUGCAUGAAAAGACGAGUGGCUUGCGACUUUUGUGGAAAAGAAUUCACGGGAGAAAUGAUGGACGAGCACGAGGGGGCGUGCCCGCAAGAGAGCGUCCACUGUGAGAAUAAAUGUGGAGCCAAAAUGUUGAGAAAAUAUCUAUCUCGUCACGUGACUGGAGAUUGUCCUAAGAGGCCAACCAAAUGCACGCACUGCUCAAAAGAUUUCAACAUCGAUAUAUUGCAGACGCAUCACGGCACUUGUCCAAGAUACCCGAUCGGUUGCCCGAAUCGUUGUGACGUGCUUAAAAUUCCACGAGAGGAGCUUGAAAUUCACUUGAAAGAACAUUGCAAGUCCGCGCUUACUGCUUGUCCAUUCAAAGAAGCUGGCUGCAAACACAAGUGUCCAAGGUAUCAUCUCGAGCGCCACCUUACGGAAGCCAACGCGUCGCAUAUCAGGGCAAUGUUUGACCUCGUUAAAACUCAACGAAGCCACAUCAGCGAGCUCCAGAAACAACUGAGCGACCUCACGGUGAACACGAACGGUACACUUCUGUGGAAAAUACCUGGUUACUCACAGAAACUACAGGCAGCACAGAAAGACCAAGCCAUAGAAAUGCGAAGUCCACCAUUCUACACACACCGGUACGGUUACAAACUUCAGUUGUCUGCAUUCUUAAACGGCAACGGUAGCGGCCUUAACUCUCACAUGUCCCUCUACAUUCGUGUCCUUCCUGGCGAUUACGACUCACUCUUGGAGUGGCCGUUUUCCCAUGACAUCACCUUUACCAUAUUAGACCAAGGCGAUCCACUGUCAUCAAAAAGAAGCCACAUCAGCGUCCGUUUCACGCCGGACCCAACAUGGAAAAACUUUCAGCAGCCAACAGCAGACGGAGACGAUGACUCCACGUUGGGGUUCGGCUACCCAAAAUUUGUGUCCCACAAAGAACUUAAAGACAAUUGCUAUCUCAAGGGCAACUCUCUCUUUAUCAAGGCUGUUGUGGACAUUUCACGCAUCGUGAUACCAUAAUCAUACAUUCUGCUACCCUAUAAGUUUCAUAGCCCAAAGAAGGGAGGUACGAAAACAUGCUGGAUAUGUUUUAUAUUUACUGUGUACAUAUACGCAACUUAUACAUUACUUCUCUAUGUCUCGUGUAUUCUGCUUUUUGUCAAACCAUGCAUGCUUUCAAAAACCCUCAUUAAAAAUAGAACAUCUGUAAUUGUCCAUUAAACUAUAUACCUGCAUCUCUGUAAGAAAAUGUGUCUCAUCAUAUUCCAAUUGUAAACAAUCAAUGUUCGCUGUUUGUCCCACUUUAUUUUGUCCAA